UCUGUCACUUGCACGCUUUCAGUGUGUGCAUGAUGGAUGCCCAGAGCAGAUUGACUAUUUCCAGCCAAGACCCUCAGGAUGUGUUUGAGCUGAUGAACCGACUGGGCAGCGGGAGCUAUGGAGAAGUUUUUAAGGCCAGGAACAAAGUAAACGGGGAGCUGGCUGCAGUGAAAAUCGUCAAGGAGGAAUCUGAUGAAGACUUCUCCGUAAUUCAAAAAGAAGUUCUAAUGCUGAAGAGCUGUGCUCACAAAAACAUAGUAGCGUAUUAUGGAAGCUAUAUGAGGACUAAUAAGUUGUGGAUUUGCAUGGAGUUCUGUGGUGGUGGCUCCCUUCAAGACAUAUAUCAAGUCACAGGAGCCUUGUCUGAGCUUCAGGUUGCAUAUGUGUGUAGAGAGACCCUCCAGGGUCUGGCUUAUCUUCAUAAUCAGGGAAAGAUGCACAGAGAUAUUAAGGGAGCCAAUAUUCUUCUAAAUGACACUGGAGAUGUUAAACUAGCUGAUUUUGGAAUUUCGGCUCAGCUCACAGCAACCUUUGCCCGGAGAAACUCCUUCAUUGGGACACCUUACUGGAUGGCUCCAGAAGUGGCUGCAGUGGAGCUGAAGGGGGGAUACACAGAGCUGUGUGAUGUUUGGUCUCUUGGAAUUACAGCCAUUGAGCUAACUGAACUGCAGCCCCCCAUGUUUCACGUGCACCCCUUAAGGGUUCUCUUUCUGAUGUCUAAAGGUGGUUAUCAGCCCCCCAAACUGAAGGACAAGUCAAAAUGGUCCUCAGCUUUCCACAACUUUAUCAAAGCGUCAUUAACUAAAAACCCUAAGAAGAGACCAAGCGCCUCCAAGAUGCUGACACACCAAUUUGUUGCUCAGGCAGAACUUGGUCCUUCUCUUACACAAGAAUUACUGGAAAAGUUAAGGAACCCAGAAAAACACAGUGAUAACUCAACCCCUGAAGAGGAUGACACUGAGCUCUUCUCAGCGUUCUCUCGCAUCCUCUCCAAAAAACGCAACCCCAAAGCCAGCCGCUCAUCCUCAGACAUUCAAUUCCACCAAAUAAAGAACAAGACGCAAAAGGAAGAGCCAAGAUUAGCAAGGGCUGACCGAGAAUUAAGUCCUCAGGCACCUCAAAGCCCAACCCCAUAUAUCAGCUUCUGCUCUGAUGAUGAAGAUGAUGAUGAUGACGACUAUGACGAUGUUGAUAUACCUGGCUGUGUGGACCUCCAUAGUGACAUAUAUGCUGAUGAGUCUCCUCCUCCGCUCCCCCCUAAGCCCAGAUUUCGCACCUCCUCUGCUGAUGUAAAAAGGGAGCAGGACCGCCUGCACACUCCUAGCACUUUGGUACGAUGUUCCAGUGGACCCUGCGCACACAGAAAUGCAACACAGACCUAUCAGGAAAGUUUACGGAAACAGUUGCCAGCUGCUAGCUCUGAACCAUCCCUCUUGCUACGUGAUUUCCUCUGUGCAUCUCCCCCUUCUUUACCACCAAAGCAACAAACAACCCAAGCAAAACAGGUAGGCAUUUUACUGAAAAAGAUCUUCAAUGGAUGUCCUCUGAAAAUCCACUCUGCAACAACCUGGAAACAUCCAACAACGAAAGAUUUGCAUGUCAUACUGGGAGCUGAGCAGGGGAUCUAUACGCUAAACCUCUCAGAGUCACUGGCUUCUCUCGACCUGCUGACCCCUGGCUGGACAACUUGGGUCUAUUCCAUCAACAAUGUUUUAAUGUCUAUUACCGGUAAGGUUGCCCAGCUGUACUCACACAGCCUACUGGGUCUUCAUGAACAGAUACGGAAAGAAUCCCGUUUGGCUCACAUCCCAACACACAGACUGCUUCCCAGAAAGAAAUCUGCAUCCACCAAGGUUCCAGACACUAAAGGGUGCAAGAGUUGUACUGUGGCUCAUGAUGGUGCACGUGAUAGCUGGUUCUUGUGCGUAGCAAUGGAGACCAGUGUGCACUUGUUGGAAUGGUAUCAACCACUUGAAAAGUUUAUGUUGAUGAAGCAUUUUGAAUUCCCUCUGCCUUGUCCCCUGAGAAUAUUUGAAAUGUUGGUGGUGCCAGGAGAACAAUACCCUCUUGUUUGCAUUGGGAUUCGUAAGGGGUCCUCCUCUAAUGGCAGGAUCCAGUUCCAGACCAUCAACCUCAGUUCUAUGAGCUCUUGGUUUACAGACAGUGGAAAUGAUGGCUCAUGUUCAGGUCGAGUACAGGUGGCUCAGAUUGGCUGCGACCAGUUCUUGGUACUCACAAACAACACACUAAAUUUGGUAGAUCACCAAGGAGAACCCCUAAACACAUCUUGUGUCCCGAAUGUCCUGUUUACCUUUCCCGUGGACUCAGUAGCUGUUUCUGGGGAUCAAGUCCUUGUUUUAAGAAGCAAAGGUUUCCAAGUGUUGAGGCUGCAGACUGCAGAGGUGAUUGUUGAAUGCGCAGACCGCAGUUUACGCCUGUUGUCCUCAGAUAGUAGGAAGAUCAUUGUAGAAGCUCCUCAGUCCGGCAACAGCAACACAACCAACUUAUACAUCCAUGAAUGUGCUAGCCAUACAUGCUCUGGAUUUGGACAGUAACAAGUAAUGA